AUGGCCCCAUCAGCAGAAUUCACCAAGGCAGCGGAGGACAGCAAGAAGCUGAAGCAGACCCCAACCAACGACGAGCUGCUCGAGCUCUACGCCCUCUACAAGAUCGGAAACGCUGAGGACUUCGAGAAGGCCACCAAGCCGGGCAUGUUCGAUUUGAAGGGCAAGGCCAAGUACAGCGCAUGGGAGAAGGAGGUCAAGGCCGGUACUACUGCAGCCGAUGCGCAGACGAAGUAUGUGGCCAAGGUCAAGGAGCUACAGGGCAAGUACGGCAGUCAGUAG